UCCUCCCGACCAUGUAUCACUCGGAUCUAUUCCAGCAAUACGGACCGUCCUACGCCGUGAGACCACCCCAUGCCCUGCCGCCAACCUACCCGACUGCCAGCGGGCACCAUGAACCCUACAGAUACCCAGAGCUUGAAGUUCCCCCCGGUCAGCGAUACGAUGGUCUCUUCGCAGCGCUGGAUACUUCCCAAAGGAUUCUGGGAGCAGCACCCCUCACCCCCCUGUCCCUGCCCCCAGGUCCAGCUCUGGGGUUCGGCCAGCCACAGCCCCCUUGUGAUGCUCCGAGACUUCCCGGGAACGUAAAGAUGAACCUGGAAAACCGAGAUCUCUGGAAACAGUUUCACGCCAUCGGGACCGAAAUGAUCAUCACAAAGUCUGGGAGGAGAAUGUUUCCCCAGUGUAAGGUCAGCAUCACCGGCCUGGAGCCUGACGGUAAAUACGUCCUCCUCGCUGACAUUGUCCCAGUGGACAACUCUCGAUACAAGUGGCAAGAAGAUCACUGGGAGCCAAGCGGGAGGGCAGAGCCGAGGUUACCCGAGAGGGUCUACAUCCACCCGGAUUCUCCAGCCCCCGGGUCCCACUGGAUGAAGCAACCCAUCUCCUUCCACAAGAUCAAGCUAACCAACAAUACCCUGGACCAGAUGGGUCAUAUCAUCCUGCACUCCAUGCACCGCUAUCAGCCCCGCUUCCACAUUGUCCGGGCCCAGGAUGUGUUCAGCCGCCGGUGGGGGGGCUGCUCCUCCUUCACCUUCCCGGAGACCAUGUUCCUGACUGUCACCGCGUACCAGAAUGAGAAGAUAACGCAGCUCAAGAUCCAGACAAACCCGUUUGCAAAAGGAUUCCGGGAGGACGGGCUGAAGAGCAAGAGGGAACGUUCCGUCCGAGUGAAGAGGAAGCUGAGCAGUGCGGAGCUGGAGGAGGAGCAGGAGCCGUAUCCACCAGCCGAAUGUAAGAGGCCACUGUACUCCGGACCAUGUGACUCACCCUGGACAUAGCUGGGGGUCUUGCUCUGCCCCCCGCUCCCCAGUCCGGACUGCUCUUUCCAUCUCAUCACUCCACCAAACCAGACACCCCCCUCAGCUGAGGCGGCGGACCCCUCCCCGCUCCCGAUUACAGCCAACCAGGAGCAAGCGGCCAACCUGGAGAUGGACCCCCAGACUACAGACAACUACAUGCGGCCGGAGAGUCAGGCCUACCCACAGAUGCCAGCCGGCCAAGAUGGCGGCCUGUACACAUGCCAAAGUGACCCACAGGCUGCAGGGGUCAACCGCCCACCCAACUACCAGCGCUUCCCGUCAGUGUUCCCGGCCCCGCAGGAUCCCCCUCAACUCUACAAUGGCCAAUCAGAAUACAGGCUUUACGCACAGGACAUGGCCUGCCCGGGGGACUACGGCCCCGCCUCCUGCGCCAUUCCUCCUCCAACCAGGCCAGAAGAAGUAGAUGGCGGCAUCAUCAGAGGUUACCCUAAGAACUCCGACCUCCGGUUCCAGCAUUUUCUGCCCAAUUCGGGACCCAAGCUCGGACUGCAAUUCUCCGGUGCUCAGAUUCAGCGUCUGUAUACCGGUGGCGGCUGAUUGUGACCGGUCAGGACCCCCCCCCCAAUCAUUAUUCGGGAGGACAUGUUUGUACAGGACUGACUUGUGUGUGUAGAGGGGCAGAGAUAUCGGACAUUAAGAAGGAACCCCGAUAGAGACUAAAGAGGACGAUUGCUUUUCCCAUGUUCGUCCCCCUAGAUGUUGCUUUACUUUGGGGUUACAUUUUUUUUUUGGGGGGGGGGGGUCAGACCCGUCUAUCAGCAAAUUGCUACUGCCCCAUCUACGGAAGUGGUCUGCAUACUGUAGACCUCCAGCUGUUGCAAGACUACAACACCCAGCAUGCAUUGGUCACCAGCUAUAUGAUCCAGAACAGUGGAUGCAGCCCCCGGAUGCCAUUAUUGUUCCCUCCCUUACCUGUGUGAAACUACAACUCCCAGCAUGCCCUGAGAGAAGUAGAGGCACAGGUUAGGUAUAACCGCUUUAGGAGUGGAUGUGACACCCCCCCCUAAAAUGUUGUACAGAUUAUAUUUUUGAUACAUUUUUUUGUAAAUUGAAGAAAAAAAAAAAUCCCAGACCGAUCAAUACCGGACCUCUGGAGACACUCAGCCAGGGGAUUAAAAAAUUAAUAAUUAGAUUUUUUUUUAGAAACAGCGCCGCUCUCUUCUUCAGGUUGUGUGCGGUACUGCAGAUCAGUUCAAAUUAAAUAGUCGUAAUACCACAUGCUACCUAAGGACAGGGGGACGGCGCUGUAUUGUUAUUCCUGAACACCCUCUUAAAGAGACAUCGCCACUAUUGUCUGUAGUCAUGUGACCAGUAGUAUGAACUAUAUGUUGUAUUUACUCCCUGUCCCCAGUCUGAAACGGCUGAUAACAGGGAGCACUAGCCUGCAUUCACUGUGUGCGCCUUUGAAUAUCUUCCUCUUUGAGUUGUUAUUCUCUCCAGUCUAUUUCUGUCUUUUUUUUGUGUAUUUUAAUUUAUCAGAUUUUUUUUUUUCACUUUUUGUUCACAUUUUUGCAUUAAAAUAUGUUAAAACGAGUCUGACGCUUUUUAGUACAAGGAAGGCGAAGACAACAAUGGCUGCCGUUCGCUUCGACACUACAGAGAGCGAAGUUUUACAUUUUUUUUUUAAUGCAAUGUGCAGCAUGCUGGGAG